ACAUUCUCCCCGCCAUUUCCUCAGCCCAAUUUCCGGGCCGCCUCCAGAAUUUACACGAAACCCUCUGCCCAAAAUCAUCUACCCUUUCUCAGUUCUUGUUCCUCUCGAGCCCCCUCCGCCACCUUCGUCUUCAACCUCCAUUCUUUCCCUUCUCUCACCUCCCAACGUUCCAUUUUCCUUCACUUCCAAGCAACCCAUUUGCUCCAUUCUUUCUUCUGGGUCCGCGAAACCCAACUUUUUUUAGCGUAGAUUACAAUCCCAUCUCCAUUUUCAUCCAACCAUUUUCUCAAAUUUGCUUCUUUCGCUCAUCUGGGUUUACAAUUUAUUGCAGCAUUGCAUGAUAUGCUCGUUUGGUGAAGGUGUUUGCACUUGCGGGCAAUGCUUCCACGGUCAAUUCCCAUGGACCGCUUGGGAAUUUGAUUUCCAUUACAACUUGUUGUGUGUGUUGUUAGUAGGUAGAAGAAUCUUGGACGGUUUUCUUACAAUGUGCGAUAUGGGGUGCUCCAAGUUCUAGAAAUGAGGGGAUUGAGGAUUAAUGCCUGUUGGGUUCCCCAUGUUUUUCUGUUUCUUAUUGUUGUUUUGAACUUAUUGCCGGGCACGCGUUGUGUGAACGGAGAUGAUUACAGUAGGACGAAAAGUGCUGCCGUGCUUUCUGAGGUUACACAGCUAAUCUAUAGCCAGCUUUCCAUUGUCACUAGAUAUAUUAGCACUAACCUGAAAAGUACUAUGGGUUUCUGCAUAAAGAAUCUGGAUGAGGAUUGGAAUACAGCAUUCAAUUUUUCGGGAAAGCUGGAAUUCUUGAGCGAGUGCAUUAAGCAGACGGAUGGAGAUGUCACUGAUCGAAUAUGUACAGCAGGGGAAAUACAGUUAUAUUUCAAGAGUUUCAUAGCGAGUGAGCUGAAACGUUCCAACUACUUAAAACCAAACAAGAACUGCAAUUUGAGCUCGUGGGCUUCUGGAUGUGAACCUGGUUGGGGCUGUAGAGUCGGCCAGAAGGUUGACCUCAAAGUUAUGGACUUGCCACCUAGAACUCGUGAUUGUCAGCCUUGUUGUUCAGGGUUCUUCUGCCCCGAGGGCCUUACUUGUAUGAUACCUUGUCCUUUAGGUUCUUUCUGUCCCCGUGCAAAGCUGAAUCAAACGACUGGAUUAUGUGAUCCAUAUAGUUACCAGAUACCAGCAGGAGAACCAAAUCAUACGUGUGGUGGUGCAGAUAUGUGGAAUGCUUUUGAACUUAAAAAUGAUAUUUUCUGCUCAGCUGGAUCACAUUGUCCAUCUCCUAUUCGUAAAUACAUUUGCAGUAGUGGGUUUUACUGCAGGGUGGGUGCAACUGCUCAACAAUCAUGCUUGAAGCUGACUGCUUGUGGUCGAGGCACCGCAAACCAGAAGAUACAUGCUUAUGGGAUCAUCCUCAUUGUUUUACUGAGUCUUGUGCUGCUCAUUGUUUAUAACUGUUCUGAUCAUGUUCUUGCCAUUCGAGAAAAAAGAGCGGCUAAGACCAGGGAAGCUGCAGCAAGACAUGCACGAGAAACUGCACAAGCACGUGAAAGAUGGAAAUCUACAAGAAAUCUAGUCAAGAAGCGCAAAGUGGGAUUGCAAGAGCAGAUGUCUCGCGCAUUUUCUCGCAAAAAAUCUGUAAGGGGCCAAUCAGAGCCACUGAAGGUUCUAGGCCAAGAGACAUCAUUACCACCUAAGAUACCAGGUACACUAAGCGGCGAGCAGACAUCAGCAGCUGCUUCAAAAGAAAAGAAAAAGGAACCUAGCAACCUUACGAAAAUGAUGCAAUCCUUUGAGGAUGAUCCAAAUGGUAAUGAAGGUUUUGAUCUACAGAUUGGAGAUAAAAAUAAAAAACAAGUACCAAAUGUAAAAAACCUGCAUACUCACAGUCAAAUUUUCAAGUAUGCAUACGGGCAACUUGAGAAGGAGAAAGCUAUGCAACAACCAAGCAACUUAACCUUCACAGGACUAAUCCAAAUGGCCACCGAUACUGAAGUGAAGACUCGUCCUGUGAUUGAAGUAGAUUUCAAAGAUUUAACUCUCACACUGAAAGGAAAAGAAAAAACUCUUUUGAGGUGUGUAACCGGGAAACUUUUGCCUGGUCGAGUUUCAGCAGUCAUGGGUCCUUCAGGGGCUGGGAAAACAACAUUCCUUUCAGCAUUGUCAGGAAAAGUAACUGGAUGCACUGUGACAGGCUCAAUUCUUAUAAAUGGAAAAUCCGAACCAAUGCAUUCAUAUAAGAAAAUCAUUGGUUUUGUGCCUCAAGAUGAUAUUGUGCAUGGAAACUUGACUGUGGAGGAGAAUCUCCGAUUCAGUGCAAGGUGCAGGCUAUCUGCAAACAUGCCAAAACCUGAUAAAGUCCUGGUUGUUGAAAGAGUUAUUGAGUCCUUGGGACUACAGUCAGUGAGAGACUCUUUGGUUGGUACUGUGGAGAAACGAGGAGUCUCUGGAGGUCAGAGAAAACGUGUAAAUGUUGGCAUAGAGAUGGUCAUGGAACCUUCAUUGUUGAUCUUGGAUGAGCCUACGACUGGUUUGGACAGUGCAUCUUCCCAGUUACUUCUUAAAGCACUUCGACGUGAAUCUCGUGAAGGGGUCAACAUCUGCAUGGUAGUUCACCAACCAAGCUAUGCCUUAUUCAGGAUGUUUGAUGAUUUCAUUCUUCUAGCCAAAGGAGGUUUUGUUGUAUAUCAUGGAUCUGUAAAGAAAGUUGAAGAAUAUUUUGCUGGCAUCGGAAUUGAUGUACCAGAACGUGUUAAUCCUCCCGACCACUUCAUUGACAUUUUGGAGGGAAUAGUAAAACCAAGCUCAGGUGUGAAACAUGAAGAACUUCCUGUUAGGUGGAUGCUUCAUAAUGGGUACCCAGUACCUGAAGAUAUGCUGCAUUAUCUUGAUGGUAUUGCUGCAAGUUCAGCUGGCCCAAAACCUGUAAUGAAAAGAGAUCAAUCUUUUGCUGCAGAUAUGUGGAAGGAUGUCAAGUCUAGUGUUGAGGUGAAAAAAGAUCACCUACAACACAACUUCUUCACGUCUAAGGAUUUUUCCAACCGAGUUACUCCUGGUGUGGUUCGGCAGUACAGAUAUUUUGUAGGGAGGGUUGGUAAGCAGAGACUACGAGAUGCUCAAAUGCUGGCAGCUGAUUACCUGAUUCUAUUACUCGCUGGAGCCAUCUUAGGGACUCUUGGUAAAGUGAAGGAUGAAACGUUUGGGGCCCAUGGCUAUAUGUAUACUGUCAUUGCUGUUUCACUGCUGUGCAAAAUUUCAGCAUUGAGAACCUUUUCUCUGGACAAAUUACAGUACUGGAGAGAGAGUGCAUCCGGGAUCAGCAGUCUGGCUCAUUUUCUGUCCAAAGACACAUUGGACCAUUUCAAUACAAUCGUCAAGCCAUUGGUUUAUCUAUCCAUGUUCUACUUCUUUAACAACCCAAGGUCAUCCUUUCAGGACAAUUACGUUGUUUUGCUUUGCCUUGUCUACUGUGUGACCGGCAUAGCUUAUGCAAUUGCCAUCUACCUUGAUCCUAGUCCUGCCCAACUGUGGUCUGUGCUUCUUCCUGUUGUUUCAACCCUCAUUGCAAACCAAGCGAAAGAUAAUUUAUUAGCGAAGCAUGUAGCAAAUUUUUGCUACACAAAGUGGGCACUAGAAGCUUUUUUCAUUGCAAAUGCUGAAAGGUACUCGGGGGUGUGGCUGAUCACUCGCUGCACCGCAUUAUCAAAACGAGGCUUCAACCUCGAUGAUUGGACACUUUGUCUGAUCGUCCUCAUCGCCAUUGGCGUGCUUAGUCGUAUACUGGCUUUCAUUCUGAUGGUGACUUUCCAAAAGAAGUAGCGUUUUUGUGCAGAAGUCAAAUUUCAAUAGCCUUGUAAUUUGUAUGAUGGUCACUGAUCAGAAGUGAAGCCAAACAAGUUUAGCAACAAGAAUUGAAGGCAGGGUAACACUGAGCAGAAAAUGCACACAUCUACAAGAUUAGAGAUUAGAGAACCUCACACUUUCGCUUUAUUUUGUACAAAACAGGAACAGGAACACUUAAGUUUACUUUGAAAUCUAUAUAUAUAUAUAUAUAUAUAUAUUCAUAAAUUAUUACCAAAUUUUCAUGAAGAUUAAACCUAUUUGUACAAAUGAGCCAUUGAAGUUUAUUAUAGAAACAUUAUAAAAACCAGUCUUGUGUGCAUUUUGAUUCAAGAGCCAAU